GUGGCUUUAGGAGAAACUGAAACUUGGCUCGCUGGGGGUGGAGAGGUCUCUGGGAAUUUAAAGAGCAGGGGCGGCUUCCUAGCACUCCCAGAGGGCGUUGUGAGGUCACGGCACUAAGGGACACACCCCAGACCAGCAGAAGCCUCUGCGACCCCUGCCAUCGAGCCAUGCACCUCUGCGGAGGCAUUGAGCUGCUGACAGGGACGGGCCCCGAGGAGCACCAGAGGCAGCUGAAGAAGAAGCAGAAGAACCGGGCGGCCGCCCAGCGCAGCCGGCAGAAGCACACAGACAAGGCGGAUGCCCUGCACCAGCAGCACGAGUCACUGGAGAAACACAACCACACGCUGCAGAAGGAGAUCCAGGCCCUGCAGGCCGAGCUGGAAUGGUGGAGCCGGACCCUGUACGUGCAUGAGCGCCUUUGCCCAAUGGCCCCUGCUUCUUGCUCAGCUCUGGAGCCCGCUGGCUGCUGGGACCCAGCCAAGCAGCCCCUGGGUUCCGGAUCCCACAGACUUCAUAGCUGUGUGGAACAGCCAGACCUGUUCCGGACUCCAGCCUCCUCUCCCCCGACUCAGCAACUCUCUCCCUGCCUACAGCCUCAUCAUUCCCCUGGCAUCCUCCCAUCCCCUCUGCCCUCACCGUCCCUCACUGCGUCUCCUACCCAGCCGUCCCCUGGCCCUGUCCUGUCUCUCUCGUCCACUGGCUCCAGCCUGCUGGAAACUUCCUCAGAGCUCAGCGCCCUCCUACCCAGCCCUUUAGCCCAACCUGCCCCUCCACAGCCCCUCAGGCUGGAGGAUCUUGCCACAGGGAAGUUGGGGUCCUUGCCCCAUAGCCCCUCAGCUUCUCUGGGGCUUGCUCAUCUGCAGAGUGUGGAGCACAAGCCUGCUCCUGCUUUCUCGGUGGCUGAUUGGCAGGGGCCGGGUACAGACUCCAGCCCCCACCUUCUCCUGGCCUUCCCUCUGCUCUCCUCUGCUCGUGUGCACUUCUAACUGGGCCCAGGAAGCAGCUUAGCAGGUAUGCGUCUCCCCCGUUACCACCAGACACUGCCCUUCCUGGCUGCCAGCUGGCUUAGGAUUUCGCUGGGGAGAAAGUAAGCUGUCACUGCAUGCCUAUUACUCGGGUAGGCCCUGUCACCACCACUAUUUUAUUUCAGCCUCAUAGUCCCCCUGCAAAGUCAGAGAAGGAAACAGAGGCUCAGAGAAGCUAAGUGACUUGUCCAAGGUCACACAGCCUUUCUUGAGAACCGAGACACCAUCCUCUUCACCUCACUUUCCUGUGGGGUCCUGACCCAGGACCCAAGGGGCUGAAGGCCUGGAAACGAUGGCUGGUGUGAGGAGGUUUCAGCGUUGGGAGGGGAGAGGGGUUCUCUCUGCAGGCUGUAUGAUUCCCGGAAACCCCGCCCUAGCGGGCGUCAGUCCAAAGUCCAAGCCAAGUGGGGAGGGGCCCCGAAGGAGCCCAGAAGUGGACUCUUUCUACCCCCAGCAGUAUUUUCCAUGCCAAGGAGGGUUUUAAUAACUGCGGGAUGGAGAUGGGGAGCGGUCUGGAAUGGAACCCACUGGGGUUUCUUACGGGCUGGUACCCACAGCCAUCCCAAGCCUCUGCAGGGUCAGCCCUCUGGGCUGGUCCCAGGAAGGCCACAGUGGGUGGACUUCUGGAGUCACUCUUGACACUCACAAAGGAAAGAAUGAGGGAAGGGACUGGUGCAGGGUUAUGUUCUAGCAAGUGCCAGACUUGAACCUGGCAGCAGUGAGGCCAGUAGCACCCAUCCCUGUCCGGUCCCUGGGCCCCGAGUCCCCUGGGCCCUCUAGCAGCUCCCCCAUUGCUUUGUGGCCUGGGCUGGUGGCAGCUGGAAAAGCAGAGACCAGGACCAAGGGGAGCCCCACUGUGGCAUCUCCUCCUAGAGGGGGGUUUUCUUACUCCGACUCCAGGACAAGUACUCUAAGGGAGCUCGAAAUGAAAAAUCCCAGCUCUUCACCCAGAUUUUCACACAUGUGUAAGCAAGGCACUGUGUUACUAUUUAACUCACCCCAGGAUGUUGAGCACAGGUCUCAGCACGUUAAGUUAUGGUAAAUAAAUUCAAGUGUUUUCCAGUCUUUUCUGCCUUGGCUAGUUGUCUAGAGCUCUGGUUGUCCUCUCUAAUGUUGAAACUGGAGUCUUGGAAGAAGAGGGACAGUACAGAAUCUUAGAGGUGGGCAAUCCCUCAUGGACCACCCACUCUAAUCCCCUCUCCCAUAUUACAGAUGAGGAAACUGAGGCCCCAAGAGAGGAUGGACUUGCCUGAGGUCUCACGGCAAGGGUAGGUGAGGUGGUCACAAGGUUAUGAUGGAUGGGGGCAGAGCCAGGGUCACUGGCAGGUUCAGGGAGAGCAGACUGGUCAGAGGGACGUCACGAUGCUGUUGGUGGGAAGUGGGCUAGAGUCUGGGACCAGAGGCCACGUGAAGCAGCACAGAUUACGACUCAACAGGGGUUGAGGAUCCCGGGGGGUGGCUCGUGCCUAUGCCCCCAAAAGAUGCCUGGGUCUGUGCUGAAGUCUUUAUUUGGAUUGACUCAGUGACCCCUCCAAUAACUCUAGGAAGUGGGUAUCACGAUCGUCUCCACUGUUCAGAAGGGGAACUUGAGGCCCAGUGGAGUUCAGUAACAAGCCAAGGUCACAUCACUAGGAAAUGGUGUAGACUGGUUCCACCAUCAGGAGAUGUAACCACAGGCUCGUGUGCCUUCUCUCUUCCCUGCUCUCUCACUGUGGGCCCUGAAUGGAGGGGCAGGUACCUGGGGAUAUAUGUGACCCCCCAAAAGGGUAAAACAUUACUGUAAGCUCAAAGCAAAGAAGAAGGAGGAGCGAUUAAAUUAAUGUUGGGUCACUCAUCGGAUGGACCAUCGAUUAGCUGCUAAGAAUAAAGAAUGCUUUGAAAGAUCUUUAACAAGGUGAGAAAAUGCUUACGCUCUAUUAGAUAGGAAAAAAUGGAACGUGUAACUAUCAACACAGUUUGUUAUUAUGUUCAUUUAAAACCAUAAACUGAACAAAAGAAGUAGGAGGAAAUGUAGAUUCUCAAGGGAGUGUAUGUGUUCAUAUCUGUGAAUCGUCAAACUUGUAAACAUACCUAAAUGAAAGAAUUAUAGCCCAGAGAGUGAGAGACCACCACACCUAACAGACUUCAUCUUUCUCUUUCCCCUCAUUGACUGUGCCCCAGUCCCACUGGCUUCCUUUCUGUUCCUCAAGCACACUUGGCUUGUUCCAGCCUCAGGGGCUUUGCAC